AUGACCAAUGACCAGACCGAAACUGGGUUGCCCGUCAACUGCUCUGACGAAAAGAGGCACGCGAACGAGGGAAAUGAGACUCGACACGAACCACAUCUCCUGGGGGAAGGCCCUCAUCCCUCAAGGGGAUCGAAUGUGUGCGACAGCGCUUCUGUUGAGGGAACUAUCCAUCGCGAGUCGCUCCAGAGCCAGACUGAGCAGCUACGGCUAGAAGCUUCUGGAUCACGAGAAAGCGCAUCGAUUAUCACACGCGAGGCCUCGUGGCACGGGACAGAGGGCGGGGGUGGCACCAGAGAAGAGCCUACUGGCACAGGUGCAGUGGCCAAUGUCAAGGACGAGAUGGUGGCUCACGAGACCAUGGGGUCUACAAAGCCGAUCCCUCCCUCGAAAUUUGAGGCCGAAACGGCAGAGAAGCAGGAAAAUAAGCAGCGCCCGUCUCCACCAAACACUGAAUUACCGCAAUGGCUUAUCGAAGGUUGCGUUACUACAUGCGAGGAAUUGAAGGACUCUUCAGAUGAUUUGACUUUGGAAGAGUUCGCGUUUCCUUCUGUCAAGAAGCAGCUAACAUCUGAAGCCGGAGGGGAGCCGGACGGCUGUCAAGAAGGUCCCCCAGUGUACAGGAUGGCUUCGAUUCUCUUCGAGCCAUUGCUAGGAGUCCUGGGGUCGGGUCCUCGGGAAGUUGUCUCUCACAUCGAAGCGAGCAAGAGAUCAGGUUUCUCCAGUCUGUCGUUCGGCAUUUUGCCAAAAGUUUCCAAGGCAGAUCUCAUUACGCUGGACCGAAACGACCUCGAGGAUCUGGCGGACCAUUUUAAACGGAGAGAGAAAGAGCAAGAGGUAGACGAUACCUCGGUGCGAGAGUCGGCCCAGGACUACUUGUCUUUCCUUUUCAACAGGCCUAUCGACUCGCGACCAACAAGUCCUGGUAGCGAGACUUCAGGUUCCUACGUUAAGCAACGGCGUGACUAA